AUGUGGUACCGUGGGCAUUUGGUCUAUGAUCCGAUGGUAUCACCACAUUACGAGGUGUUCAUGGUCCCACGUUUGCGUGAUAAAGAUGAUCCUUCUAAUCGUCCUGACCUCUUGAUGGAGAAAUCUGAAUGGCCGCCGUCUCCAUGCAAGAUGUAUGUAUUCUCAUCAAGGUCGGGUUGUUGGGAGGAGAAGUAUUUCAUCCGACAAGGCGAUGCUGCGGGGAUCGUUAGUGAGAUGCAAGUGGGCUGGCCGGAGUUCAGGACCGCUGUAUAUUUUCGAAGAGCACUUUAUAUAUACAGCGAAGCAGCGUUUCUUAUGAGAAUAUCACUGUCAGAUACUGCAUAUCAUGUAAUAAAACCACCUUUUGAUAUUAAAGUAAAGGACUGUUGUCUACACACUGAUAUAGUAUCAGAAAAGGGGGUGUACUUUGUGGCAUUUGAAGAUGAUAAGUGUUGGCUUCGAGUUUGGAUCCUUAAUGAAUCAUGUGGCCAAAUGGAGUGGAUGUUGAAGCAUGACAAAGACCUUAACCCUGUGCUAGCACGCCACCGGUUUGACCAACGAGUACAUGGACCCUGGAUCUUAGAAGAUAUUAACUACAACCUAUUUCGUUCUUCUCAUUCUUCAAAUGAGAUCAAGGAAGCAUCAACCGAACAGAUAUAUGAAUGGAACUCUAACAAUGAUGAUGACGAUGUUGAAAAUUGCCACCAGAAUAAAGACGGUCGUCACAAGGAAUAUGAUAUUCAGAUACUUGGGUUUCACCCCCAUAAAGAGAUUGUCUUCAUGAGUGAAUCUCAGGAGACAGGACUAUCAUAUCACUUAAACGGCUCGAAGAUUGAUGUCUUAGGGAGUAUAUACCCAAAGGAGUAUUCAUUUUUCAAAGAGCUAUUAAAUGACAUGGAGUACUUCACUUCUUUUCCAUACACCCCAUGUUGGAUUGAAGAGUUUCCUCAGAACAACUAG